AUGGCAACAGACUUCCAGCUCUUCCCCUCCCUCCCUCCCGAACUCCGCCUCCACAUCUGGCACAUCGCCCUCACAACAUCCUGGUCCUGCACCACCAUAAAACCCCUCCGCCGCUACAACUACAAAUCAACCGGCACAAACCCCACCAAGCCCAUAACCCAAGUCUGCCACGAAGCCCGAGUUGCCCUAAAAGAAACACACACCUACAUCGAAGACCUCGGUCUGUUCAAUUUCCCAAAACACAUCUUCUUCAUCCGAGAUCUUCGAUACAGUCCCGCCUUGCCACGACGAUUACAAUCCCGUUAUAGCUUGUUCAGUUAUAUCCAGCAUAUCGUUAUAAACCCGAAAAGUCGGACAUUGAUGUACGAGAUUAUCGAGUUCCUGGCUGAGGUUGCCACGGAUCUGAAGAGUAUUGUUGUUGUUGCGCCGUGGUUUUUACCUGAGGAUACGGAUUUGUAUGAUGAUUAUAAAGAUUGGAUUGCGCCGUAUGAGGAUUUUGGAGAAGUUUUUGUGAGAUCGCCUAGUGAGGUGAAUUUGGUGAAUUUGAUUAGUGCGAUUGAGUGUGGUGAGGAUGGAGGAGAGUGUCGUCUUUUGGAUGGGUUGUCUGUUGGGGAGUACAAGGCUCGUCUUGAUCGGGCUGUGCGACGGCUGCCGGAUCCGUUACCUGAUGGGCUUCAGUUUAUGAAUAAUGCGUAUUGGAGGACGAGGGGGAUGUUGAGGACGGUGGAGGCUGCGGUGGGAAAGUUUGCUACGCCGCCGAGAUUAUACUUGCAGACGGUUGCAAAUAUGCGCACGUCUGGUGAAGAUGGCGCAGAAGGGACAUCACCACUUAACACGGAGAGGAAAACUGGUCGGGUAGGUGCCGAGAACGUAACCGAAUGA